AUGCCGGCCGCAGCCCGCCCCCUCCGACGUCACCGCGGCCCAGCAGCGGCCGCUGCAGCAGCAGCCCAGGCAGAGGCUGCCGGGGCGACCCCCGCGGUCCCCCGCAGUCCCCAGCGGCCCCGGGCCCGCUCCGGCCAGGCCCCCAUAGGCUUGCCGCCAAACCCGCAGACCCCGGGCCAUUGCGCAUCCGAGGAGAACCUGCAGGGCUCUUGGGUGGAGCUGCACUUCAGCAGUAACGGCAAUGGCCACAGUGUUGUGCCAGCCUCAAUCUCAGCCUAUAAUGGCGACAUGGAAAAGAUUCUUCUGGACGCGCAGCAUGAGUCUGGAUGGAGCAGCUCCAAGAGUUCUCAUUGUGACAGCCUGCCUCGUUCACAGACACCCCAAGACAUUAACAGAACUUCUGAAAUGGAUACUCACAGCAUUGGAGAAAAGAACAGCUCCCAGUCUGAAGAAGAUUAUAUGGAAAGAAGGAAAGAAGUGGAGAGCAUCCUGAAGAAGAAUUCAGACUGGAUCUGGGACUGGUCCAGCAGGCCUGAAAACAUCCCCCCAAAGGAGUUUCUUUUUAAGCAUCCAAAGCGCUCAGCCACUCUCAGCAUGAGAAACACUAGUGUCAUGAAGAAGGGAGGCAUCUUCUCGGCAGAGUUUCUGAAGGUUUUCCUCCCGUCCCUGCUCUCUCACUUCCUUGCCAUUGGGUUGGGGAUCUACAUUGGAAGACGCCUCACCACUUCCACCAGCACCUUCUAAGGCAGUGGGCCCAGGAGUCUCGCCAAGCAGCAGGCUACUGUCUGAGCAUGCAGAAUGGUUACUGGAGGAAGUCCGUCCAUUCACCCGUGAUGGCUCCUGUGACUUGUUUUCAUUUGUUGUGUAAAUGUCGUGUUCCUAGUUCAGUAGAAUGGGAGGGUAGAUACCCGUAUUCACACCUGGGCACCAGCCUAGGGAGCUGGUCAGACUGAUUUACCUCUCCUCUUUGUAGCUCUUUGAUGACCACCAUUCCUAUCCCAAUCCUGAGGCUUUCUGGACUUGGAUGAAAUCCCCAAACUUCCAGGUUCCCCUAAACAUUGCUACUCCUUUGAACAAGUGAAUCAUGUCGUUACUAAAAAGCAUUAUGUUUAGGGGCUU